AUGCAUGGAAUGUUGCCUAUUAGAGUCUUGGCUCCUUUUUCAUUCGAAUCUACUCAGUCUCUGCGACCACAGUCUACUACCACCACUACUACUUCUAAUACUAAUACCAGCACUACCAGCAAAAAGUCCAAGAGCAACAAGUUGUCCAAAAAUGACACAAUUGCAGCCCUAGACAGUCUCCACGACCUCGUUGAACGUCUGACAGCCCGGGUCCACGAUCUCGAGCAUGCCUUGGAGAGACGAGAUCCCAAUUGGCUACAGCCCUGUGAGCAACAUGGCUUGGACACCAGCUCAACCUUCCAUCCCACUAUCGUAGAUCCAUGGUCCUCGCGUGUUCCGUCUGCCUACAGGUCCUUAACUGAGCACCUUGAGGACCGCCAGCUAUCGACUUACUCUCUUCCAAGCCUUAUCCAGUCUUCGUCUUCAUGCUCAACCAAACAUGACCCCCUGGACUCUGUCUAUGCUCAAUGGUCAACCCUGACCCAGUGUCUACCACAGAUGGAACCAGACUCUCAGCGGCAUGUGCGAGCCGUUGCCCUCUAUGCGAUGCGUGACAUCUUGGAGUCCAAGCGAGUGGCAUGUGUUUAUUCUUUAGAUCCUGCAACAGAGACUGUCCGAAAACGAGCUGACGGGUGGUUGCCACCAACAACAUCAUCGACAUCGACAUCGGCAUCGACAUCGACGCCACCACCACCACCGCCGCCGCCGCCUCCUUUCUCGACAUCUCUUUCAACCUCCGUUUCUCGGCCGGCACUAUCUUCUCUAUCUGGGCCAUUUUAUGAUCGUCCUAGUCUCAAUCUAUCUCCUUCUUUGCCGCUGCUUCACCAGACAAAGCACAAGAAACCCAAGCGAUGGUUUCGCCGGUCCAAGAAAGGCGAUCAAUCGCCUGAUCAAGGAUCAAUAUCCUGCUCCUGGGAAGGAUUUGACAAGAAGUUUACUGCCUGGUUAGAUGCCCGAGAUCAGAGACGCCCAAGCCAUCCUGUAUUAUAA